GGAGAAACGAAUAUAAAUAUAAAUCUAUUCUCUCUUCCAUCCCAUCCUUCCUUUUCACACGCAUCUUUCUAACGCCAUCGGAGUCGAAACGUCCAGAUGUCCAAUACCAUCGCCUAUUUUGACAUCACCAUCGCCAACGAGCCUGCUGGUAGGCUCACUUUCGAGCUCUUUGACGAUGUUGUCCCCAAGACUGCCAACAACUUUAAGCACCUCUGUAUCGGAGACAAGACCAACGAAGCCGGCGUUAAGCUCGCGUAUGCCGGGUCUAGCUUCCACAGGUGCAUCAAGGGCUUCAUGCUGCAAGGUGGUGACUUUACCAGGGGCGACGGAACCGGUGGAGAGUCCAUCUAUGGCGAGAAGUUUGAGGAUGAAAACUUUGAAUUGAAGCACGAUAAGCCUAUGCUUCUUUCCAUGGCUAAUGCCGGACCUGGUACUAAUGGAUCUCAAUUCUUUAUUACUACCGUCCCCACCCCACAUCUCGAUGGGAAGCACGUCGUGUUCGGCCGAGUCAUCUACAACCGCUCCCUCGUCCGCCGCAUCGAAAACAUCCCCACCACAUCCGACCGUCCCGACCAGGCGGUCACCAUCUCUUCCGCCGGCGUCCUCUCCCCCGACGAAUUCGCCCAGCUCGAGGCUGAACGUCAAGCCAAACAAGCCGGCUCUGAUGGUGGUGAUAUCUGGGAAGACUGGCCUCAGGACGAAGAAGGUGUGGACGCUGAGAAGCCUGAAGAAGCGCUCGUCGUAGCCGGCAAGCUGAAGGAAGUGGGUACAAAGGAGUUUAAAGCGGGAAACUUUGCGGUGGCGUUGGACAAGUACCAAAAGGCAUUGAGGUACCUCGACGUCCACCCUGUACUCCCCAAUGACUCCCCCGCCGAACUGGUCGAGUCCUUCCGUUCUCUCCGACUCCCACUUCUCACCAACGCUGCCCUGUGCGCUUUGAAGCUCCCCGCGUCGCCCAACACAUCUUCCCUGGUCGUCUCCCUCACUUCCCGAGCCUUGACCUUGCCAAACCUCUCAGCUUCCGAGAAGGGUAAGGCCCUUUACAGGCGGGCUCAGGCGUAUGUCCUCAAGAAGGAUGACGAAGCUGCGGAGAAGGAUUUGAAGGGUGCGUUGGAGUGUGUACCAGGGGAUGCCGGGGUGAUCAAAUUGUUGAAGGAUGUAGAGGCGAAGAGGAAGGCGAGGAGGGAGAAGGAAAGGCAGGCGUUUGCCAAGAUGUUUGGAUAGAAAUUGUUAGAUUUGGGGGAACAACGGUAGGAUGUCAUAACGAUCAACGAAAUGAACGUUCCUUUUUUAAUUUUUUUUUUAAUAUUGAGUAUGCAAACGUCAACAUUCUACGUCUUUUUAUUUUUUAUUUUUAUUUUUUAUUCAUGCACAUCCAUCAAUGGU